GUCUGAGUCAACUAAUAAAAAAACAGAAAGACGUGCAGCAGAUGAUUCAGGAGAGAAUCAAGAAGAUUCAAGACAUCAAACAUUCAGCAGAAGUCAGAAAUAUUUCCUCAUCCCUGUUCAACACACCAGAAACCAGGCAAUGGCCUGAGAUCAGUAUGAAGACUCAUGUGAGUCUGGAGACUCUGAGGAGAGCUCUGACUCAACUGCAGCACAAUCUAGAUGAGAAACUCACAAAAACUGAGCUGAAGAGGAUGCAGCAGUAUGCAGUGGAUGUGACUCUGGAUCCUGAUACAGCUUAUCCUAGACUCAUCCUGUCUGAUGAUGGAAAACGAGUCAGAGAUGAAGAUGUUAGUCAGGACCUCCCAGACAAUCCAGAAAGAUUUGAUUCAUGUGCCUGUGUCCUGGGAAAGGAGGGAUUCUCCUCAGGGAGAUUUUAUUUUGAGGUGCAGGUGAAGGGAAAGACUGGAUGGGAUUUAGGAGUGGUCAGAGAAUCCAUUAACAGGAAAGGAGAGAUCACAGCGAGACCCAGUGACGGAUACUGGACUGUGGCUGUAAGGAAUGGUUAUCAAUAUAUAGCCUUUGCUGGUCCCCCUGUCUCUCUGUGUGUGAGAGUGAAUCCGCAGCAGGUCGGUGUGUUUGUGGAUUAUGAGGAGGGUCUGGUCUCCUUUUAUGAUGUGGAGUCCAGCUCUCAUAUCUACUCUUACACUGGUCAAUCUUUCACUGACACUAUCCGUAUUUAAGCCCAUCAUUAAAUGAUGAAGGUCAAA